AUGACAUCUACAUCCUCCAAGCGUAGAGCAGACGAUGAGCCGGCCUCAUCGCAACCAUUCAAGCGAUCGCGCAACGAGAAGCCGACAUCACCCCCGGCGUCCGCACCACGAAAGCAGUCGCCAAGGCGAAGGACACCCCGCCCAUCUAUCCGCCAACCCUCCACCUCCCCAACACCCUCCGUAUCCGCCUCGCUGGACGAGACAACCACCACCUCAGAGACAGACCCCCUCCUCCACCGCAUACAAUCCGGUAUCACCUACACCCUCUCCACCACCAUCCCAGCGCAAACAACACGCUUCACCAUCCCAACCAACACCAACAAACCUACCCUCCUCCUCGCCAUAAACCUCCUCCGCACCCACGCCACACUCAUAGCUUCAUCACCACUCUUCGAGAUCUACGAAUUGGGCGUUCCAAGACCGGAUUGGGUGAAGCAAGGCGGUUGGCUGGGCAUUCACGAUCCGCAGUGGUGGGUGGGGAGGAGUGUUGCGGAGGUGAAAGCUGGGCCUUGGGCGGAUGAGCUUGAGGUGAAGAGGAUGGAGGGGAGGAUAAGGGGGGUGGAGAAGGGGAGGGAGAAGAGGAAGAGGGGGACGAAGGGUAUGGGGAAGGGAGAGAGGGAGAGAGAUGGGAAGUUGAGGGAGGGGCUGAGGAGGCAGAGGGAGGGGAAGACAUCAAAUGUGAGGGAGCAUCCGUGGUUCAAGAUUAAGAAGUAG